CAGGCUUGGGAAGGGGCGGCUCCGGGGGAGCCCCGGGGCUGUGUAGGGAGGCCGAGGGCGACCCGGCUGAUGGAGAGUAUGCUCUUGUCACCUAGAUUCGGGCGCAUUUCGGAUUUGACUGCGGAUCCUUCAACGCCAGAGGGAGUGCGUCUCUUAACGCUCCCCAAAAUGUCUCUGCUGCGAGUUUCCUUCCGCUCGCUUCCCUGCCUUUCUGCUUUUAUCUGCCGGGGCUUGCAGGUCCGCGGCGCAGGCUGUUCACGAGCCCUUGGACCCUUUCUUAGUUCUUCUGAAGUGUUUUACACCGCGUUCGCUCUUCUUUUCUGGCGCUGGUGGCUGGCCUAACUUCGGUUUCAGAGUCUUUGUUUUCCCUCAUUUACCUGGCAGUCAUUUGGAUAGCUAAUUCGGGGACAAGUUGGGGAGGAUGAAGUCGGAGAAUGGGACAGUGGCCGGGAGUUUUCCGUCUGAUGAAGGUUGGCCAUUUGCAAAGUAUCUUGGAGCUUGUGGAAGAAUGGUGGCUGUAAAUUAUGUUGGAGAAGAACUGUGGAGUUACUUUAAUGCGCCAUGGGAGAAACGAGUUGACCUCGCUUGGCAAUUAAUGGAAAUAGCAGAACAGCUUACAAACAAUGACUUUGAAUUUGCACUCUACCUCCUGGACGUCAGCUUUGACAAUUUUGCAGUUGGUCCUAGAGAUGGGAAGGUAAUCAUUGUGGAUGCUGAAAAUGUUUUGGUUGCUGACAAAAGGUUAAUUAGACAAAAUAAACCUGAAAAUUGGGAUGUAUGGUAUGAAAGCAAGUUUGAUGACUGUGAUAAGGAGGCUUGCUUAUCAUUUUCAAAAGAAAUUCUUUGUGCUCGUGCCACUGUGGACCACAAUUACUAUGCUGUUUGUCAGAACCUCUUAUCCAGACAUGCCACCUGGCGUGGCACUUCUGGAGGACUCCUUCAUGAUCCACCAAGUGAAAUUGCCAAAGAUGGCCGGCUCGAGGCCUUGCUGGAUGAGUGUGCCAACCCAAAGAAGCGCUAUGGCAGAUUCCAGGCUGCAAAAGAACUGCGUGAAUACUUAGCACAAUUAAGUAACAACGUGAGGUAGUCUAUGGUGACCUUUUCUUUUUUCCUUCAUUUAAACAGCACUGGCUAAAACUAAACCACCAAAAAACUAUCUGAAAAAAUGAAAUUUGGAAGUGUUACAUUCAGAGGAUGAUAAACUUGCACUGAUAGAUCUUAAUGUUAACAUCCAUCAAAAUAAGACAUUACUUCAAAAAUCACAUGAUGCUUCUGCAAAUAAGUAUGUUCUUAUACUUUGGAGGCUUGAGCUGUCAUCAGCUGCUCCCCACUACACCGGAAUGCUUGAGUGGAUUAAUGAAUAUUGUUAAGCUAUUGGAAAUGAGUCUGAUAGUACAUUGACUUGUGUAUCAAAGGGUACUUGGUACUUAGUUUGCAUUUACUAUCAUGAUUUUGUGAAUCUCUUGCAUUUACUUUGAAUGUCAAGUCAGAUUGGCCUGUUUUAUAGGCCGAUUUUUCCUUCUGAUGUGUAGGGUUUUUUCCCAUUUUUGUUUUUCUUUUAAAUUAAAUUUUGAAAAUUCAGGUUACUGUAGGUGUUCAUUUAAAUUUUUACUAGUUCUCAUUCAGUGCUAUUUGGUACGUAUUUACUGUUAGGUCAGGAUUCCCAGGUUUACUGUGUGUGUUUUUUUUAAAGAAAGCUAAAUAUUAUAUUAUGUAAAUACUUCUUUUCACCACCUUCUGUAGUUUCACCAUUGCAUGGUAUCAUUUCAGGUUAUUUAACAGUUACAUCCCUCUAUGCCAAUAAUUACAAGUAUACACUAAACAUGAAGUUUGGCAUAUGUUGCAAAAUGUCAUUUUAUCUUUUACUAAAGGCUUUAAGAAGAAUAUACUAGAAUCUGUAUCUUGAUGUUAAUUUUGAUUCAGAAAAAAAGUACAACCCAGUAUCUAAAAAGUGUUAACUAGUCCAAGAUAGUAAUGCAUAUGCCAAAGAAAUAUUACAUCUAGUCUCAUGUUUAGAAUUUAAAAUAGAAUUGGUCACCUACUUAUUCUUACCACCCUACUUCCAGUUUUCUAGCUCUGUCAUUAUUAAAUUCAGAUCUUCCUGAUGAUUCUUUCUGUUGAAAGUUAAACUACUGCUUUCAAGUAAUUUAAAGUUAUCCUACCUUUUACUAGUAGGUAGUUUUGCAAAAGUAACAUGGUAGCCAUUGUUUGAAUUUAAUUGGGCAUUAUAACCUUUUAUUUGUUGAGGAACUAAUCAUUAUUACUGUAAAGCAGACAAGUUAGCCAGUCAGCCACUUUGGUCUUCUUUACCUAAUGGUUAAACAUCAAAACAUCAAAUUUAAUUAUUUGCAUAGAAAUGUGUGGGCUCUUUAAAAAAUGUUACGGUAUGUAAGUUGACUAUCACUAACAGGUAAUAUUUUUCUGUUUGAAGUUGUUACUUUUGUUUACAGCAAAAUUUGAUGUAGUGUGCAGUAGUGAGCUCUAGACUGAUCUUUUUCUAAAUCAGAAAGUGAUUAAAGUACGCACAACCAAAGCCACGUUUUUCUUUUUCAUUUAUUCAGCAACUAUUUAUUAAGCAUCAACUCAGUGCCAGGCACGUUACUAGCUGCUACAUACUGUCUGAACAUUACAUACGGUGAAGUAACUUUACAAUUAUUAUCAAAUACUUCAAUGUACAUAUUUCUUAAGUUGAAAUAGCAUUAACUAGGAUAAUGCAUUCAUGUUAUUUUAUUGUCUUGUGAUAGAAAUUCAACUUGUACCAUCUAAAACUAGGUUGCUAUAAAAAUAGGAGGAUGAAGUCAAUGAAGUUAAUUCCAGUUUAAAAACUGGAAGGAAAAGGUAAGAGCUCUCCAUUAUAAAAUAGUUGCAUUAUGUUAAUUUUUACAUAUUAGUGCAUUGCAUAUAUCAACUGGCCCUCAAUGAAGCAUUUAAGUGCUUGGAAUUUUACUAAACUGACUUUUUUGCAACUUUGGGAGAUUUUUGAGGGGAGUAGUUAAAAUUGCCAAACAUCUCAUUACUCAAAACUUCAAAUAAAAUACACAUUUUGAAAAGGGAGCACCUUUUAUAUUUGAUAAGUUUUCAUUAUAAACCUUACAAUACCAGUCACAAAGAGGUUGUCUGUCUAUGGUUUAGCAAACAUUUGCUUUUCUUAUUGGAAGUGUGAUUGCAAUUGCAAAACAGAAAGUGAGAAAACACUGCCAGCAGUGAUUGCUACUUGAGGUAGUUUUUUAUAACUACCAUUUCCCCUCCAUGAAAUUAUGUGAAAUUUAUUUUAUCUUUGGGAAAAGUUGAGAAGAUAGUAAAAGAAUUAGGAAUUUAAAAUUACAGGGAAAAAUAUGUAAGUGAAAAGCAAUAAAUAUUUUGUUCACUUUGCUAUCAAGAAGUUCACUAUCAGAUAUUUAUUAUAUGGCAGCAAUUUAUAUUUUUAAUCAUUGCCCAUUAAUAGACACAGUAAAAUAUUUUUGAAUCAGACAUUUGGGGUUUGUAUGUGCAUUAAAAUUGUCUUUUGUACUGUAAGUUACUGUUAAUUUGAAUAUUUUAUCAAACUGUCUCCCUGUGCCUUUAUAAUAUGAAGUUGUUUCUACAACUUUUAAUGAUCUUAAUAAAGAAUACUUUAAGAAUGACA